GUUGAUAAAGAUGCAUUGGAUACCCAGGUCAAGGACAGGAAAAUUCAAGAAGCAGCUGAAAAAGCACGGAAUGAAGGACUUGCUAAUGAAAUGAAGCAAAAUGAUAAGAUCAUGUGUAUGUUAGAAGAACGACAGAAAAAUGAUACCAGAAACAUAAAUAAGGCUAUCAGUGAAUUUCAGAAGAAUUUUCAGAAGCCAGAAACAAGACGUGAAUUUGACCUGUCUGAUCCACAAGCUCUAAAGAAGGACAGACCUGCUCGACUUUCAGACAAUGAUCCUCGAUGUACUGUAUCUGGCUUGCAGAAGUUUGUAGGUGAAGACUUAAACUAUGAUCAGAGGAUGAAAUUUCAAAAGGAGCAGUUAAGAGAGUGGUCCCUUCAGCAACAGAGAGACUGGAAGAAUGCAUUAGCUGAUCAAAAAUUUGCAGAUGAUCUGUAUGACAAGAAUAGGAUUGAAUUUGACCAAAAGACUAUGGAGCAACAAAGAAAAGAAGAAGAAAACAGGCGUGCUGUUUGUGCAGCUACUAAAGAUUUCAAUAGAACCCAGGCUGCUGAACUAGCUGACAGAAUGAAGUUGGAAAAGCGUCAAAAAAUGAAGGAUGACAUGGAUGAAAUUUCCAGCCUCCUUCAAGGAGACUUACUUUCUGAAAACCCUGAACAAGCAGUCAGUUCCUUUGGUAGACAUCGUGUGAUCACAGAUAGAUGGAAGGGAAUGAAUCAGGAUCAGCUGAUGGCAAUCCGGUACUCUCAACAGCAACAAGUUCUGGAGAAACUGAGACUAAAAGAGGAAGAACGCCGAAGAGAUGCUGAAUGGGACAGGCAAAGUAUACAGGCUGCAAGAGCACAGUUGGUUUUAGAGCGGCAUCAACAACGACAGAAUCGGGAACGCCGCCGAGUUUUAGAUAACGUAAAUGCAGAGCUAUCUCAGGAGCAGAAAUCAAAGAACAUUUAUCUUAAAGAAGAAGCAUAUUCAAAUUCUCCAACAGGCCAGUAUUAUGCACAAUUUAAUACAACCAGCCGAUGACAUUCUGGAUAAAUCAUCCUGAAAUAUACAGAAGUAUGUUGACAUAUUAAAAUUUU